AUGUACGUGAACCCUUGCCUGAAUCCGAAACAGAAAGAAGAUCUUAUGCUUUUGGAAGAGAAGGACAACGAAGAUCCAGAUUACGUUUAUGAUCACGACAACACGGAACAGCGCGGAUUCGGUCACAUUGCGAUUGGCGUAGACAAUAUUGAAGCAGCUUGUAAACGAUUUGAGGAAUUGCAAGUUGAGUUCACCAAGAGACUGCAAGACGGCAAGAUGAAGAAUAUCGCCUUUAUUAAGGAUCCGGAUGGUUAUAUGAUUGAGAUCAUUCAAAAAGGACGUGAUGUGAAAAAGACAGAAUUAUUAGGAAAAAAUGAUGCGUAA